AUGGACUUCGAGCCAUCUCAUGCAAGCGGCGUUGCUGCGAAUGAGGCUCCCAUGCUCAGCUCCUCCGCCAGCACCACCAAUGCCCAAGAUACCGUCGAUGGCAACAAUCACCUUAUGACAGGAACACCUCCUCCUUCCAGCGAGCUCUCGAUUGCGACCUUUGAGAGCGAUGCUUCCGAAAUCGUCCGGAUAGCUCGCCAAGCUCAGCUAACCCGAGUGCAGCAGGAGCAGGUGCGCGAUCUUUUCACGCUUGCUUCCAACAUUGUCAACGGUCAGGGCUACAGUAAGGUGUCUGGGGAUCAGCUCCGCCUCAAGGAGAAGGCUGAGGAGCUUCGGGACGAGUUGGAUGCUACGAAGAAGACCUUGGCAGCCACUGGUCGUGAGCUUGGCAUCGUCAAGAUGCAGAUAGAGGACGGAGAUAACAUGGACACCGACCAUGGCGGCCAAAUGGCAGAUCAGAUGCCUCACCAGGGCAGAGUCACCACCAUAGGGCAGGUGUCGCGCGUUGUUGAGAACGGCCUCAAUGAGAAUGGCCAGAUGGUUCCUGAGCACGAGAUUGAGACUGAGGCUCUCAACCUCCAAUCUCUCGCUCAGGCUCUGCCUACCUCCAACCAGCUGCGUACCACUAACCGGCCGGCCGUUACCAUCACUCAGCACCAGCGUUACAGCCGCCGCCGCAUCGCUCUUCGCCAGCGUGUUCACAGGUUCAUCCCCAAUGUUGCUCCUCCGGAGGACUUCGACACCUACUUCAUGCCUGCCGUAGCCGCUUUCUUGGCUGGAGAUUUUCCAAGGACUGCCCUUAAGACCUUUGAGGCCUUCAUCUUCGCCAUGUCGCUCUACAACCAGGAGAUUGUCGCUGACUACCAUCGCGAGGAUAAUGAGGACCCUCAGAUGCGGGAUAUCCAGGCCAAGAGACGCCUCCAAGAGAACGUCUUCCGCGUCCAGACCAUGGUCACUGACCUUGAGAGAGAGCUGAACAGACGUCAGAUGCUCGGCGCUGAGACCGCUGAGGAGCUUCGCUACAAGGGAGAUGUCGUCCGCAAGCUCAGAGAGGACGUCAUUCCUGAGAUCACUGAGCUUUUGGUUAGUUCUACCUAA